AUGCAGAAGAACCUUCGAAUUAGCGAGGCCCAGCUCAUCUACUUGGCUAACAAAGCCAGAGUGGAAAACACCGUAUGUGGAUAUCUGUACAAGCGCAGCUCUGACAUGGGCCGUUGGCAGCAGCGUUAUUUUGUUCUUCAUCAGAAUGUCUUGUUUUAUUAUGAGAACGAGACUUCAGCACGGCCUUCGGGUAUUGCAUUGUUGGAAGGAAGCUACUGCGAUAGGAUUAUCGCUCCUGUCGGCAUGAAAGGGAGGGAGACAGAGAAACAG